GAAUAGGCCAGCCUGGUCAUUUCAGGUCGUAGAAUCAGAACAUCUUCCUCUCCCAAUAUUCCCAUAUUUUCUCGUGGUUCAUCACACAGCCGCUCAACAUGGACUCUCCCUCAUCAUUAAGUCUCAACGUCCAGGAUGGCGUACACCGCCCAUCCUCCCCAAACAAUUUCAAAUCGCGCUUUCGCAAACACCUGGAUCUUUGGAAAGCUGGCUUAGCUGCGAAGGAGCACUGGGACGAUGAAUACAACUUCCAACCUGGCCGUUAUGCUGGACAGGGGCGCUAGAUCCCUGUGGGUUCUGACCUCAUCGACGCUAUCGUAUGCUAAGCAUAUGGAUGCACAACGAACACCACUUCGAUUACAUACCCAUCCCUCGAGGAUGCCACGAAAACUCCCACAACCACACCGAGGGACGUUCACGAUACCACACGAGUUUCUUUCCAUGUUGCAAGCGCGUUCUCUCAUACCCAUCGAAUCUCCUAUAUAGACUAUACUAUACCACAUCCAUGCUCUAAUACACUUAUUUACUUGUGAAAUUAUCUCGGAAUAGAAUCUAUUUUAUAUUA